AUGUGGUAUGAUGAGCGAAUUAACAAACAAAAGAAUGCAAGAAAGCCUGUUUUCACUUUGUGUUGUGGCGAAGGACAAGUCAAACUUCCAUUUUUACAGAAAACACCAGAGUUGUUGGUCGCCUUACUCACCAACAAUGAUGAGCUAAGCAGACAUUUUAGAGAAAAUAUUAGAGCUUAUAACAUGAUUUUUUCAUUUACUUCACUUGGUGGGAAAACAGAGAAGUGUUGUGCACCAGGACGUGGACCUAAUAUGUUUCAACUACAAGGGGAGAACUAUCACUUGAUGGGUAGUAUGCAACCUGAGGAUGGUGAACUCCCUAAGUUUCAACAAUUGUACAUUGUUGAUACUGAAAAUGAAGUUGAUAAUAGAGCAACUAUUAUGAACAAAGGAAAAAACUCUGCAAAGUACAAGAAGAAACAGAAACUCAGAAGGGAACUAAUCGAAAAGAUUAUGAAAAUGUUGGAUGAUGUGAAUCCAUACGUCAACACUUAUAGAUCAGCAAGAGACAGGUUCAAUACAAAUCCGGAUGAAACUUUUCAUAUGAGGAUAGUUAGUAGUCGUGAAAAGGAUGGGAGGACGUACAACACACCAACAGCAUCUGAAGUAGCUGCUUUGAUUCCUGGAGAUUUCAAUUUGGAAAUGGAUCAUCGUGAUAUUGUUGUUCAAGCAAAAUCUGGUGAACUACAAAGGAUAAGUGAAUUGCAUAUCUCUUAUCUAGCAUUACAAUAUCCCUUAUUAUUUCCUCAUGGAGAGGAUGGUUACAGACUUGGAAUUGAAAAAGGGCAUUCAAAAGUGGGAAGGGUUAAGAGUAAAAAAGAAAGAAAACAGAUUAGCAUGAGACAGUUCUUUGCAUUUCGAAUUCAGGAGAGGAAAAACGAGUCAAAGACCCUUCUGCAUUCUAGACGCCUAUUCCAGCAGUUCUUGGUUGAUUCGUAUACUGCCAUCGAGAGCAGCCGGCUUGGUUACAUCAAAUACAAUCAAGCGAGUUUAAGGGCAGAGAAUUAUAACACUAUAAAGAAGGUGGCAGAAGCUGGAAAUGUAGAUAUGAAUGAGCAAGGGAGACAGUUUUUUUUACCAAAGUCAUUCACUGGUGGUCCUAGAUACAUGCGAGAAAACUAUUUAGAUGCAAUGGCUAUAUCUAAACACUUUGGAUUUCCUGAUCUUUUUAUAACUUUCACAUGUAAUCCAAAGUGGCCAGAGCUAACUAGAUUUUUUCAGGAGCGGAAAUUGAAUCCCGAUGAUAGACCAGACAUCCUUUGUAGGGUUUUUAAGAUGAAGCUCGAUUCCCUUAUGCAUGAUUUAACCAAACGACAUAUAUUAGGGAAGACUGUAUCUGCUAUGUAUACCAUUGAGUUCCAGAAAAGAGGUUUGCCACAUGCACAUAUACUGCUAUUCAUGGACCAAAAGCACAAAUUUCCUAAGACAGAAGAUAUAGAUAAAAUCAUAUCUGCAGAAAUUCCAGACAAGAAUGAAGAACCAGAGCUUUAUGAGUUAGUGAAGGACAUGAUGAUCCAUGGACCAUGUGGUGCUGUUAAUCCGAAUUCACCAUGUAUGGAGAAUAGGAAAUGUACUAAAUUUUUUCCUAAGAAGUAUGCUGACGAGACUACUGUCGAUAAGGAAGGCUUUCCAGUGUACAGAAGAAGGGAGACAAAUGAUUAUGUAGAAAAAAACAGAUUCAAAUGUGAUAACAGUUAUGUUAUCCCAUACAAUAAGAAGCUGUUGUUACGCUAUAGAGCACACAUUAAUGUCGAGUGGUGCAACCAAGCUGGAUCUGUAAAGUAUUUGUUUAAAUACAUUACAAAAGGUCAGGACCGUGUAACUGUUGCUGUUUUGCCAAAUAUGCCAGAGGAAGAUGAAGAUGAGUACCAGACUGGAGAGGUUCUAGGGAAAGAGAAUAAGAAACCAGACAAUGAAAUUAAAGAUUAUUUUGAUUGCAGGUAUGUGUCUGCAUGUGAAGCAGCAUGGAGGAUUUUUAAAUUUAAUAUUCAUUACCGGUCUACACCAGUUGUGAAACUAAGUUUCCAUCUAGAGGGUGAGCAUCUGGUUUAUUUCAAGGGUGAUGAUGAGGCUGAAGCAAUUAUGAAUCGAGAUACGGUCGAUAAUUCCAUGUUUCUAGCAUGGAUGAAUCUUAACAAGGUUAGCUCUAUUGCUAGGUCACUAACUUAUCCAGAAAUACCUAACAUGUUCACAUAUGAUUCAAAAGAGAAACAGUUUAAUCUAAGACAAAAAGGUUUUGCAAUCGGAAGAUUAAAUUAUGUUCCUAUGGUUAUGGAGGAUGGAUAUUAUUUGCGAGUUCUGUUGAAUGAACAGAGGGGACCCAGAAAUUUUGAUGAGAUCAAGACUGUUAAUGGAGUGGUUUAUACAGAAUAUAAAGAUGCAUGUUUUGCUUUGGGUUUGCUAGAUGAUGACAAAGAAUACAUCGAGGAUUUAGUUAGAACAGGCUAUUGGGGUAGUGGAAGCUUG